AUGGGGUACUCACAGACAUUUGAUGAGCUCUAUCGGGAUUACAAGGAAGCAACCAAAUACGCGCUCGCAUGKCUCCGAUCAACUCGCUCAAAUGACAGCAGCCAGCCUCGCCUCAACUCCACCCUGUAUAUGGUACAGGCAGCAAAGGAUGCGGCAGCCCGGAAACUUGAAGUUCCCAACUCUGUUAUAAGCCAUCUACAAAGCGCCGUUACUGGACGUAAGAAGGUCCUAGAACUUUACCGCGGAUUAUCGCCCUCAGAGGAUAGGCAAAGCGACCACAGCCAUGCGGCGUUCGUGCGCGGACUUGAAGAGGUUCUGAACAUAUUGAUGCCUCUAAAGUCAAAGCAGGACCAGCAAGUUCCUAGCGACCACCCCGAGACUUCAUCUGUCGCUAGAAGCCCAUCGAAUCGCUUCGAUAUCCUCUCCGAGGCCGCUGUGCAUCUUGAGGUAGCGGAAUCAGCAGGAGGUAGUUGCAAGGAGAAUUGUGAAAGUCAGGCGUCUCGACAGGCUUCUUUGGGUGGAUCGUCUGAGGAUGUAUUCCUCGAAGACGACGAUCUUGGGGAAUGGAUUGAACUGAGCUUAUUCCUUCGUGAGAUCGAUGCAAUCUCCCAAAAAGUAGACACGUAUUGGAAGGAUGCAGCUAGGGAUCAGCUAUCGAUCCCUCUCGCGGCUUGGCUGACCACUACAGCUUUACAUGCAGUCGGUCGAAUGUUUGGAAGACUACAGCAUGUUGUAGGAACUUGCGACGACCUCAUAGCCAUGUGGGUGAAGCAUAAGCAGAAGCAUCCAUCGAUUCGAUUUAAGGAUAUACCUGGAUUUACGAGUAAUGGUCGCUGUGCCGAUACGUUCGCUUUAUGGAGAGCAGCCCGGAUACUGCAUGAUUGUCGUACUCUAGAUGACUACAGGGUGAUCUCUUCGAACGCCGGUGCUCCUUUAAGACCACUCGAAGUUUUCUCUAGUCCAACGAUCCCUGUGCCGAGCGAAUUAUUGCGUCCAGGUCAAAUCGAAGACGAGGAAGAUGAUCUGGCGCUUGACAAGAUGCAAGAAAGCAUGCGACAGCUUCUAGUUUCAGGGCGAGCGAUGUCAGCUCUUGAAGCCUCGGAUAAAGAUACACAUAUCUCGGAACCACUCCUCCCGCUAUUGAAAAUGGUUCUGCCCUCGGACAAGGAUGAGCCAACUGAUGUCAACAGGUCGCCUCCGCCAUUUCAUUUGGUCUAUGGCUACGAGAUGCUACUCUCAACUUACAAGGCAUUCCUUUGGCCAGACCCGACUCCCACCAAACAGAAUUGCCGCCUCCUAGCUCUUUCCUUUGCUAUGGAGGUAAAGAAAGAGAUAUCAGCGGCAGUUUCUGCCAUUGUUGCUUGUCAAGAAGCUGGCCUGGAUAAAUUCCAGCUGACCUUUGGACUGUUUCUCGACGAUCUAGAGGACUACAUUCGCGAAAAGCGGUUCGAUCUCUACUAUCAAUCUCCAUGGACUGCUGGUUGUCAUAUUGUUGAGCUGCUCACCGCAUUUCGUCUCGCGGGUAUGGAACUCUGCUGCCAGACCGGAUACGUCUGCGCAGUACUUCACCUAUACAAUGCUCUAAGGAAGCUCGCGAAGAUCCUUUGCAGAAGAUCCCACUAA